AAAAGGUGGUCUAUGUCUGCUCUUUCAGUAAUGUCUUGUAUGAGAUGCUUUUGCUCUUGUAUCUGGGGCAACCCUGAUCCUGGUCCAGUGAGACUCAAAGACGUACAGCAGGUCGUACUGGACACAAACAGAAGUGGAGUGGACUGUGUGAUAGUGAAGUCUGGUCGACGGAUCUGUGGCACUGGUGCAGCUCUGUCCAAUGCUCCACUAGCACAGGACAAGAGCUACUUUGAGCUAAAGAUACAGUGUGGAGGUGUGUGGGGUGUGGGAUUGGCUACUCCGAUGGUGAGGGUGGACAGUGUACCUCUGGGCAGUGACCAGCAGAGCUGGGUCCUCACGUCAGAGGGCACCACAUUACAUAAUGGAGAGGUUAUCUCGAGAAUCAACGAGAAGCCUGCUGAAGGAGAUAUACUGGGAGUGAGCUACAACCAUAUUGAGCUGAAUUUCUUCCUCAAUGGCAAAUCUAUGCAAUGCCCCAUCACUGGAAUCAGAGGAACUGUCUACCCUGUCUUCUAUGUUGAUGAUGGAGCUAUUCUUGACGUUCAAUUUACGGACUUUUCCUAUCCACCACCAGACAAUUACGAUAGAAUCAUGUUUGAACAGAACAUUUUAUAAACCUUUUUACUGUUUGUAGCACAUAUACUGUUUCACCAUGAAAUUGUGCACUGAUGAAUAAUUAUUAUUGAUAACCUU